AUAGCUCCCAUCACUUCUUCAUCAACAGAGCUAGUAAUAAAAAAUUAUUCCGUCCAGGUUUUAUCAUGGGUGUAAAAUUGGUGAUUUUGUGUAGCAUUUUUUUCGUUGCGGAAAUAUUGGCGGCCCCGCAACCACUCGACUGGAACCAGCUGGGAGUAAACGCUCUGAAUCUGGGCAAGAAGGCUUUACCUGCUGGGUGUAGACUGUUGGGUGGACAACAACCGCCACCGCCGCAGAUCUACUACGUCAACCCAUAUCCAUAUUAUCAAAAUUACCCGCCAAAUAGACAAGCACCUGUGUACUACCAACCGCCCGCUCAGUACCCGCAAAAUAAUCUACCACCCACUCAGGCCCGUCAGCCGAAUUUCGAAAAUAACCAAGUCCAGCAAGAUUAACAUGUAAUAAUUAACUAUUAAUUGAAUGUACCAAAAUAAACAAAUCAAGUAGCA